AUGGAAGAAACAUCACAUAAGUCAGUGACAAAGAAAGUGGUAGCCGAUUUCGUGCGAAACAAUAUCAUAUGCCGAUUUGGCAUACCCGAGUCCAUUGUAACUGACAAUGGGGACAAUUUGAAUAGCCAUCUGAUAAAGGAUAUCUGUGAGCAAUUCAAGAUCACUCACCGAAACUUGACAGCCUACCGGCCACAAAUGAACGGAGUCGUAGAAGCAGCCAACAAGAAUAUCAAGAGGAUAUUAAGGAAAAUGAUAGACAAUUACAAAGGUUGGCACGAGAAAUUUCCUUGUGCUUUACUGGGAUACCGUACCACGACCAUAACUUCAACAGGAGCAACUUCAUACCUACCGGUCUAUGGUACUGAAGCAGUUAUACCUGCCGAGGUUGAGGUACCUUCCUUAAGGAUCAUCCAAGAAGCAAAAUUGGACAAUGUUGAAUGGGUCCGAGCUCGAUAUGAGCAACUGGCUUUAAUUGAUGAGAAAAGGAUGGCUGUCGUAUGCCACGAUCAACUAUACCGACAAAGGACGGCAAGAACCUUCAACAAACGAGUCAGGACUCGACUUUUCCAAAUUGAGCAGAUGGUGCUCAAAAGAAUUUUCCCGUAUCAAGAUGAAUACAAAGAGAAAUUCAUUCCCAACUGGCAAGGUCCUUAUGUGGUCCGUAAAGUACUCUCCGGAGGAGCAGUAGUACUGGCAGAGAUAGAUGGGUAG